CAUUGCAUUGUGUAUUAUUGAUGAGGAAGCUGUGACAUUUGUAUAUUCUUUAUAACGGACACAGCCGGAUUUUUAUUAGUUAAUUAAAAGUUUAGUUAUUAGAUCAGUGUCCACAAAUUUCAGUGAAAAUGAGUCAGAAUAGAGAUUGGAGAGUGAUUUUGAAAGAAAUCGAGGAAGAAAAAAAUUCCAAAAAUGAUUCCCUGGAGCUGGGCGACAGUUGGCGAGCAAUGCCCCACCGAAUCGAAGGCGCUACAAACAAAACAAAUGGUCUCUACCGACGAAGUGCAUUACCAGCUCAAUCGGUGAACAAUUUGUACAACUUCAUCAUUGAGAAGCAACCGACCAAUGGCAAAAAAGCAACCGAUUCCGUAAAAGACGCACCAGUAACACAGCCUCUAAAAUUACUGAUACCGAACGUGCAAGCGAUUACGCCUAAAAGUGACAAGAGCAGUGACAGUAUGGAUUUUUCAAAGUUUUUAUCCGAACCAACUGACGGUCAUAAAGCCGUCACAAGUACCCCAUAUCCAGUUCGUCAGACAGAUGCUAAUAAAUCUCCAAGAGGAACGAUGAAUGUGCAACGUAACGUUGCCGAUUCACCAAAUAAAUUGUUUGUGCCGGCACCGACCCGAAUACCCAUAAGUACGCCGCGUACGUCCAGGCUCCCAAGUGAUGCGGACCGACGUGCGAAACAGCCCAGUGAUCGAAAGAAAAUGCCGAGUCCAACGUCGGUCGUCUCAUCGACUGUUCACAUUGUUAGCGAUGACGAAGAAUCCGACGCAGCAAAGUCACCAGAGCAGCAAAUCCGUGCGCCAAGCAAUCGGAUAUUGGCUGUGACCGAAGAUGCUGAUCAGAAUCGGCCACCCAUUGACGAAGACCAACAAAAACAGGAUGCUGGUACGAACAAUGCAGAUGAAGCAGUUUUUCGACGCCCAGAUGUGGUCAGACGACCGCUGGUCAAGCCAAUUAAAUUGGAGCUGGAUGAUGAUCAGUCGAAAAUGUCAAAUUCUCAGCGAAACAAGAAACCGAAAUCAAUGAUGAAUCCGUUGCUUGAAAGUUAUAUCAAAGUCGGUGAGUCGAUUAAUAACCGAACGAACAGUAUACCGCUGGAGAAUUCCUCAUCAUCGUCGCGACGGAGAUUGUAUAAAAAGGGAGACUCUUGCAAUGAGGAGGACAUAUUAAAGGAUGUCGUACCACUUGAGCAGCCGUCUUUUGUCUUGAAUCCGGUAUCAGCAGGCGAUAAUGGAACGUUUACAAAAGCGAAAUCAAUUUCAGCUCAAUCGAAUGCAGUCGAAGGUGACACGAAUACUGGAAGUGAUGCAAUAGUCGAGACGGCGGUCCAAGAUCCGAAAGCAACAGAUGAGCCUCAACCACAAGCAAAAGAAAGUGCGGCACCGCCACAGUCUGGAACGGAACAGAAUAACAUUAUAAACCGCACCUUCGACUGUGAACCAGAAUAUCUAAGUCCACUAAGUGAUGAUGGUGACGAAUCCACGAGUGAUGGACAAAAUCAGAGCGCCAUUUCGAAUGAAAGUGAAUCGAAUGAUGGUGGUCGAAAAUCCCUACACGCUCCCGCGAAAAGUGAUGCCCCAUCAAACGAUGACGUUGCAGAAUCCACGAAUGAUGUACAAAGCGCCACCGCGAAUAAGAAACAAGUCGAUGAUGCGGAGAAUAAUCUUCCCAAAGCAAACAGUAGUGACCAACAGAAUCAUAUGUCAGCGAAACAUAGCAGCAAGCAAGUUCUUGCAGAAAUUCUAGGAGAUUGGUCAGAUACGGUUAAACCAACAAACGAUAAAGAUGGUGUUGAUCCUUCCAUGUCUAACGAUUCAGAUAGCGAAGUCCAUUCAUCGGAUAUCAAGCAACCGUCAACGGAAUCAAAAGUUCGGCAGGCUCGUUCACAAAGUAAGAAAAGUCAAAACACCGGUACGGCCUCUUCGAAAACAAGGCGAAGAGGAGCAGUACGCUCAGACUUGAAACAAAUAGAUGAGGAUCGGGAAACGGAUGAAGAUGAACUUUCUACGACAUCAGCGAUUGUCCGCAACGAGACUAGAAACGCUUCUCAUGCAAAUAAAGGUAAUAAACGGACAGGAACACAAGUGUCUACGAAAACAAAAAACGAAUCAGCUCACUCAGCACAACAAGAAGUUGCGGAGAUUGAAUAUUCUGAUUCAGAUGGCGAUGAACAAAUCGCGGAGGAGCCAUCCAUCAUUAAAUUGCCUCGUACGAAAAAGCAACAACGAGAUGCGGCGAAGUCUCGAUCGAAGAAGGAAGAUAUUGAGACUGCUGGCAACGAAGUGGCGUUACGAUCAAAAUCCAAAAGAAAGCCCGUAGCCAAUGGAAGCGAUACGGAUACGAUAACAACAUCUAAAGCCAGAGAGAAAAAGACCCGUGAUGAAGAUGAUGUGUUGGGAACCGAUGAUGAGACUGAAGAUGUGUUGCCAGGUAAACCUAAGGGAAGACAGACAAGACAGAAAGACUUCAAUGUCGAAGAUGAUGUGAUUGAAGCCGAUGGAAGAAAAACGAAGUUGGUCGCAACAUCUAAAGGCAAAAAAACCAAUGCUGAUGUGAAGGGAACCAAUGUGAUUGAUCCGGAACUGGCCACUACAUCUAAGGGCAAAGAGAAAAAGAAACGUAAAAAUGCUGAAGAGGAUGAAAUCGAAGCGGAACCGGCCACAACAUCUAAGGGCAAGGAGAAAAAGAAACGCGGAAAUGCCGAAGAGGAUGUGCCGGGAGAGGAUGGAAUUGAAACGGAACCGACCACAACAUCUAAAAGAAAUCGAAGAAACAAACGUGGAAAUGCCGACGAUGAUGUGCCGGAAGAGGUUGGAAUCGAAGCGGAACCGGCCACAACAUCUAAGGGCAAGGAGAAAAAGAAACGCGGAAAUGCCGAAGAGGAUGUGCCGGAAGAGUAUGGAAUUGAAACGGAACCGACCACAACAUCUAAAAGAAAUCAAAGAAACAAACGUGGAACUACCGAAGAUGAUGUAACCGUAGAUGAUGUAGCGGGGACCGAAUUGGCCGCAGCGUCUAAAAGCAAGGGGAAAAAGAAACGCUCAAAUGCCGAAGAUGAAGUGACAGAAAGCGAUGUGAAUGAGGCGGCAUUGCCGAAAACGUCUCAACCAAAAACAAGAAAGAAAAAUUUAGAUGCCGAAGACAACACAACUGAAGAACGUGACGAGCCUCAAAUCGAAAUUGACGAUUCUCCGGCACGAGUACGUUCAACGCCCAAACCAAAUGUCCGAAAGUCUCAAAAGCGAAAGCACCAAUCCAUUGCGGACGCAAGGAGUCAAUCGAACGAUCAACGUGGCAAUUUCUCGAGCAGAAUCGAUGGAUCGAUGGCGACGAAACGCAGAAAGUUGUCAAGAUGGGAACGGAAGAGGGAAAGUCAUUGUUUCUACAACUCAUUGAAGCCCAGAGAAGUCGUUCCAGGCGUCAGACAGUCUACCAGAGAAAGACGUAUGCCGACUAGCAAUCUUCUGUUUGCGGUACCGAUAUCAGCAAAUUCAUCGAAUCGGUCGGCAUUGCAAAGACAGAAUGGCAGAACAGUUCAACCUAAAAUGCGUCUUACUCAAUCCGCCAAUGGUGAUGGGGAAAAUGUUUUCUCCAUGUUGCUAAACGGUUCAAUGGAUAAAGAACCGCCGCUAAUCACUAACUUGGAUGGAAUCGAAAUUACGCAAGGAUUCCACAAAACGGUUAAGAACAAUCUGGUCAUUCAUCACAUACCCGGCGAAACCGGCCCAUCGUAUGGAUACUUCACGUUGGAACCGGGAAUGGUGAAACGGCCGUGUCGCAUUUCAUGGAAUUUGCACAUACACGUUGUGUCGGGACCAAUUCAUAUCUUUACGAAUGGCAAAAGCGAGCAGAUGGUAACCGGUUCGUUUGCGUCGUUACACAGUGGUACAAAAUACAGUUUACGAAAUGACGGUGAAAACUCGGCAUUGGUAUUCUUCAGCCAACAGGCGAACGAGCAACCUAAGAUCGAUUAGUUCAGUCUACAUAAUGGCUACAAAUGAAUUACGAAAUGAAAAAAAUAUUUUGAAAAAAAAUUUAAUUUUGCAAAAUAACGCGCUGUACAGAACAUAUUUUUGAUUACAA